CCGGGAAACGAGCCUGCGAAUUGGAACUGCCACCACAAGUCAAAAUCCAUAACGUGUUCCACAUCGAACUCUUGGAGCGUUACCGACAGAGCAGUAUCCCAGGCCGUAAACAACGUCCCCCGACUCCCGAAGAGGUCGAUAAGGAAGGAGGGGUUCUGUACGAAGUAGAAAGUAUGGUGGGAAGCCGGAAGAGCAGGAGAGGAUUAGUGGAAUACUUGGUGAAAUGGCGGGGCUAUUCGAUGAGCGACUGUACUUACCAAGUCAUGGACGUCAUGAACGAAGACGUACUUGAUCUAGUCCGCGACUUUCAUCGAAGCAACCCCAAGGCCGUGAAGGACCAACGCCUGAGACUAUAG